UCACCAUCAGCAACUUAAUUCAAAUUUGCAGAGGCCAGAUAAGCAGCAGAAUCAAUCACCAGUCCAGCAUGGAAAGUGGUGAAUUCUGCAAUGUAUAUGAAAACAUAGAGAAUGCCAGACAUUAUGAAAUUCCAGAUCUGGAAGACGCAAAAAGGGGAGAAGUUUAUGAACAAAUUGAGGAAGACUUGCUGUCCCCUUCUUCAACUGCUAUGUUAGAUAAUGCCUAUGUAAACUGUGAAAAAAGCCCAGGAAACCGCCGUGCUAGCUCUCUCUCUUCUCAGCAUGGAUAUGAUGGAGGAGAAGAGUCUGAUUCUUCUCAGCGAGAUGCUUUAGAAGACCAGCAACACCCGGAGGAGAUGCAGCUGAGCCCGAGAGAGGAUGACCGAAGCAUAGAAAGGAUGGCCUUUGAAAAUAAAGGAACGGUUUUGACUGAUUCCAAUCAAAAGAAGACCCAGGGCAUAUCCCCAAACUUCUCAACUACCAUCAGAUAUCCCUGCAACAACUCAGAAGAAAACAACAACUUUCAGAUAGCAGACCAUGAGAUUUCUCUUAUUGUUAAGGCUGGUGUGGAUGGAGAAAGUAUUGGGAACUGCCCUUUCUCACAACGGCUCUUCAUGAUACUUUGGCUUAAAGGGGUUGUGUUCAAUGUUACCACAGUUGAUCUGAAAAGAAAGCCAGCAGAUUUACAUAAUUUGGCUCCGGGGACCCACCCACCAUUUCUGACUUUUAAUGGAGAAGUCAAGACAGAUAUCAACAAAAUCGAGGAAUUCUUAGAGGAGACCCUUUCUCCUCCAAAAUAUCCGAAGCUUGCUGCCAAGCACCGCGAGUCCAACGCCGCAGGAAUAGAUAUCUUCUCCAAAUUCUCUGCGUACAUCAAAAAUACCAAACAACAGGACAAUGCGAGUCUGGAGAGAGGUUUAACCAAGGCAUUGAAGAAACUGGAUGACUACCUGAGAAAUCCUCUGCCCGAAGAGAUAGAUGCAGGCAGCACAGCGGAGGAGAAGGUGUCCAAACGAAAGUUCUUGGAUGGAGACGAGCUGACCCUCGCGGACUGUAACCUUCUGCCCAAACUUCACGUUGUCAAGAUUGUAACGAAGAAAUAUCGAAACUAUGAGUUCCCUGCCGAGAUGACAGGACUUUGGCGAUACCUGAAGAAUGCUUAUGCCCGGGAUGAAUUUAUCAAUACUUGCGCUGCUGACAAAGAAAUCGAAAUAGCAUACGCAGACGUAGCCAAACGGCUCAGCAAACCCUAAUCAAAACCCACAAGACCGGUUUCACCAGAGGAUUCCCAUUUCAGAUUCUUCUUUGUGAGCCCUCCGGAUACAUCUAAUAUAAUGCAUAAUAUAAUAUAAUUGCACUCUCUGGGGGGCAUCUCUCUGAUUUCUACUGCUCAAUUUUGACAGCUAGAAAUGUACGUGCCUCUUCCUAGAGAAAAUGUAAGACCAACAGGUAGGGCUGAAAACAUUUCAGAAAUCUGUGCUGAUAAGCCAGAACAAAUGUUAAUAAUUUAUUUUCAGUAUUUUGAAAAUCUAUAGAAUUUUCUUUGAUGAACAGUCAUCUGUUAAAAGCACGUUCUUUAGCUGAAAUUUUAAGUGUUAACUGGAUCAGAAUUGUAAAGUACUAUUUGGGUUGAGGUUCAUUUUACCCUUGACAUUGAUCCUUGGCAUGGUCUAUUUGAGUGGGAAAUGUAGACGAAAAAAUGGAGGCCUUUAUUGAAAAGGUGUAUAACUUUAAGAGAUAGCUUCAGAAAGCUCUUUGGAAGUGCAUCCUCUUCUCAGAUGGCUUGGAGAACGUUAGAAUCAGAGCUUUGUGUUAGUGGGAAAGACCUUACUGAAUGUUGGACUUUGCAAGAGCCAAUUUGCACACUUUUCCUCAGUGCAAGGCCCAAAGGGUAGAAACUAUGAAUGAAUUCUAUAUACAUUCAUGAUUCAAGGAUGUUUGGAGGAACUAUGCUUAUUUUGAAAGGCUAGAUAAUCUUGAAAAGAUAAGAUGAUGCUCGGACAUGACCUUGAUGGAGUUUGGGGAUACCUAAAACAAAUAGUCACAGUGAAGUAAUACUGUAUCCUUGCCAACUUAAUCUCUAAGCACCUAGAUAAGCAAGAGGGGCGUGCAAUAGGACUAAGAUGUCUCAUGUGAAUUCUGCGAUUUAAAAAACAGUAGUUUCCCCCCUAUUUUUCUGUAUUGUUGUUCGGUCUGAAAAUCCUGGAGGAAAUAGAGGUGUCCUAAAACAGCAAGUUUUCCGCUUCUUAUGUGGUAAUUUGGCAGGUACAUAAGAGGCACCCCAGCAUUGGUGGCUUGUCUCAGUCUUUCCUAUUUUGUACUUUUAUGGAUUAAUUCUGCUCACAUAUCGAUUUCCUGAAACUGAUUGUAUAUAUAUGGUUGUUAUGUCCGGCUAGCCUAGGAUCGCUUCGAAGCCCGUUGAUUCUCCACCCCACAAGAAAUGCUACGAUUUUUACUCAUGUUCCCCCACACUUUGAAAAAUACUGUCUGAACUGCAUAUAAUGGAAUUUAGGGAUGUACAUAACUGGCAGCGAUGGCCCCACUCAAUGUUCUUAGCAUCGUCUUUAAGCAUCACAUUAGGAAAAAGCAAGACCUGAGUUUUAUGCAGCCGAUGAAUGUCCCAUGUGUGACCCCACGGUUACAAGCCGGCCUACUUCACAGAAGACCUGCUGUGGGGCAAGUUCUGGACAGGGAGACUCGGGCUUGGGCUGCAGUCAGCCGUGAAGCUCCCCCAGUGGCCUCAGGCAAGUCACUCUCUCAAGUGGCUUCUGCCCGGGGACAAUUCCGUGUUCUGCUCUAAUUACCACUGUGAAUGUAAAGGCAUUGGCUGUAGCAAGUUGCAACUCUUAUUCCUUCCCGUCCCCUCCCUUGCCACUUGCAAGCUUCCAAAGAAAAUGUUAGUAAUUGAGUAUUGCUCCAACGUUAAAACACUAUAGUGGUGUCUAGACGACUAAUAUUUAUAUAUAUUUAAGCAUGAGUGGGAGCUGGGAAGGAGAUAACUCUUGGGCAGGAGGGGAAAUGUGCUGGAUGUGUGGACAGCAAGGUGUGGAAACCACAUCCACGCUUUCUCUUCCACACUUUCUCAAACUGCAGUGGCAGCACAACUAUGUAGUAUGGAAGGCAAAUUUAAAACAGCUGCAAUUGGAGGGUGGGCUCUAAGGUGCCACUGGACUCAAACCAUGAAGUUCUACAUCAACACAGCUGGGAAGGGGGGGGAGAGACAUGCAGCUGCCUUGUACUGAACAGACCUUUGGUUAGUAUGGUCUUCUUGGACUGGCACCAGCUACCCAGGCUCUCGGGUGGAGGUCUUUCACGCCACCUUCUACCUGAUCCUUAAUUGGAGAUGCCAGGGAUUGAACCUGGGGCCUUCUGCAAGCCAAGCAGAUGCUUCUCCACUGAGCCACACCCCCUCCUGGAUUCAUAGCAAAAACUGUGUGGAAGCCAUGUUAUUCUAACGUACCCAUUUUGAGAAUAAAGGGGAAGGUGCAAUACACAUGGGAUACAUGAAUGGAGGAUGCCACAGCGAUUCAAGAAGAGAGGCAUUCUUUGCUCUGAAACAGGCCCAGGUGCAUCUCUUCCACUGCAAAGUUUGUUUGCACCCUAAGAAGUGAGUCUUAAGAUGUAUGCCUCGGUUGGUUCCUAAAGGGUCCCGUCAUUUCUGUUCUUUGGCAAUGCCUUUCAAGAAUGGAAAGAGUAUUCAUCUAAUAGAAAAACUCUUUCUAUCAGUGGAACUUUUACACUUUGCAGAAGGGGAUGUUAGGACCUCGUCUUUAGAAAACCAACCCUGAGACUCAAAUGCUGUGAAUGCAUGAUGAUUGGUUCCUAAAAGGUCCCAUCAUUUCCAUUCCUUGGCAAUGCCUUUCAAGAAUGGAAAGAGUAUUCACAGGGCUUUUUUUCUGGGAAAAGAGGUGGCGGAACUCAGUGGGUUGCCC